GUAAGCGGCGGCGGCGGCGGCGGCCGCACUCGGGAGCCCGCGGCGGCGGCGGCGGCGGCGGCGGAGCCCGGCUGCGCGCGCUGAACAUGGCUGAGAAGCAGAAGCACGACGGGCGGGUGAAGAUCGGCCACUACGUGCUGGGGGACACACUGGGCGUCGGCACCUUCGGCAAAGUGAAGAUUGGAGAACAUCAGUUGACAGGCCAUAAAGUUGCAGUUAAAAUCUUAAAUAGACAGAAGAUUCGCAGUUUAGAUGUUGUUGGAAAAAUAAAACGGGAAAUUCAGAAUCUAAAACUCUUUCGUCAUCCUCAUAUUAUCAAACUAUACCAGGUGAUCAGCACUCCGACAGAUUUUUUUAUGGUAAUGGAAUAUGUGUCUGGUGGUGAAUUGUUUGACUACAUCUGUAAACAUGGACGGGUGGAGGAGAUGGAAGCCAGGCGGCUCUUUCAGCAGAUCCUGUCUGCUGUGGAUUACUGUCACAGGCAUAUGGUUGUGCAUCGAGACCUGAAACCAGAGAACGUACUAUUGGAUGCACACAUGAAUGCCAAGAUAGCCGAUUUUGGAUUAUCUAAUAUGAUGUCAGAUGGUGAAUUUCUGAGAACUAGUUGUGGAUCUCCGAAUUAUGCAGCACCUGAAGUAAUCUCAGGCAGAUUAUAUGCAGGUCCUGAAGUUGACAUCUGGAGCUGUGGUGUUAUCUUAUACGCUCUUCUUUGUGGCACCCUUCCAUUUGAUGAUGAACAUGUACCUACGUUAUUUAAGAAGAUCCGAGGGGGUGUUUUUUAUAUCCCAGAAUAUCUCAAUCGUUCUAUUGCCACUCUCCUGAUGCAUAUGCUGCAGGUUGACCCCCUGAAACGAGCAACUAUCAAAGACAUAAGAGAACAUGAAUGGUUUAAACAAGAUUUGCCCAGUUACUUAUUUCCUGAAGAUCCCUCCUAUGAUGCUAACGUCACUGAUGACGAGGCUGUGAAAGAAGUGUGUGAAAAAUUUGAGUGUACAGAAUCAGAAGUAAUGAACAGUUUAUAUAGUGGUGACCCUCAAGACCAGCUUGCAGUGGCUUAUCAUCUUAUCAUUGACAAUCGGAGAAUAAUGAACCAAGCCAGUGAGUUCUACCUCGCCUCUAGUCCCCCAACUGGUUCUUUUAUGGAUGAUAGUGCCAUGCAUAUUCCCCCAGGCCUGAAACCUCAUCCGGAAAGGAUGCCACCUCUUAUAGCAGACAGCCCUAAAGCAAGAUGUCCAUUGGAUGCAUUGAAUACAACUAAGCCCAAAUCUUUAGCUGUAAAAAAAGCCAAGUGGCAUCUUGGAAUCCGAAGUCAAAGCAAACCAUAUGACAUCAUGGCUGAAGUUUAUCGAGCUAUGAAGCAGCUGGAUUUUGAAUGGAAGGUAGUGAAUGCAUACCAUCUUCGUGUAAGAAGAAAAAAUCCAGUGACUGGCAAUUAUGUGAAAAUGAGCUUACAACUUUACCUGGUUGACAAUAGAAGCUAUCUUUUGGACUUUAAAAGCAUUGAUGAUGAGGUGGUGGAGCAGAGGUCAGGUUCCUCAACACCUCAGCGUUCCUGUUCUGCUGCUGGCUUACACAGACCACGAUCAAGUUUUGAUUCUGUGACUGCGGAGAGCCAUUCACUCUCUAGCUCUCUCACUGGCUCCUUGACCGGAAGCAUAUUGUCUUCAGUUCCACCGCGCCUCGGGAGUCACACCAUGGAUUUUUUUGAAAUGUGUGCCAGUCUGAUCACUACUUUAGCCCGCUGAUGACCUGUCCUUAGUUUCUAUCUUUCUGUAAUUGCACUGUGAAAAUCAGAUCUAUUCUUUAAAUUAUUGUUUUACUUAUGCACAUCGCAUACUCUAAAAUGCUGAUUGACGGACAUGAAUAUGCCAGGGGACACUCAAUGAAAUUACUGAACAAAAAAGUCUGACAUUUUAUUUACCUGUAUUUACAGAAAUCUGUAGUUCUAUUUUGUCUGUGACGCAUUUGCAUAGGCAGAAUCUUUAGGCGGUGAACACUGAUGAAGACUGUGAAUUUAAAGUUGUGAGUUCACUACAGCUGAUUACUAAACCUUCACUGGGAACCAUCUCAAUCAACGGGGGGUUUCACAACACCUUGCUUUACUUUUUAGUGUAGAGAAAUCCAGUUUACUUCCUAAAAAUUCCAGAGGCUAUAAGCUGUGUUUAGGCGCCCAAUUCUUUAGCACAAGAAGACUAAAAAAUAAAACAACCAUUCGUAAGAUAGUAUUUAAAUGUUCAAAUCUUAAAAGCCUGCCCGAGAAUUUCAGAAGCCAAAUUCUUCUAGUAGUUUUUUCCUGGUGUCUCAUAGAAGGGCUGUGGUCCUGAAACAGAUAACCACUAUUUCCUGGUUCUUUCAGAACAGCUGUAACCAACCAGAGGUUUUAUCUGGAGAUUUCUGUGAAUAAUAUUUUAAGAGCUUUCAAGGUUCUACUUAGUAUUGGAACAUCUGGAAUUGCAACAACUUUUGUCUCUUUCAUAAACUUACAUCAUUUUAAAACAUGCCUUUGAAACCUACCUUUCUCAAAUUCUUUUUGCCUCUUAUUUUUGUACUUCAGCAAGCAUGAUGAAAUAGUUACAUGAAACAAAGCAAAAUAUCAACAGCCCCUUUAAAAGGGAACUCUUAAUUUUUGAUCUCGUAUUGUGUGUGGUGGUAGGGAGUGUUUGUGUGUCUGUGUGUGAUUGAUGUCGCAUCCCACAUGUUAAUUCUUCUUCUGAUGAUGAAGUUUGUUAGCGUAGCCACCCCUUCCCUCACUUUCCCUAGUCACCAGUGUCUUUAUUUAUUGUGAUCCUUGGUGGCUGAUUGGUUUAGCUUUUAAAUCUUUUCUAGUUGCCUUUCUGUGUUCUAUAUCUUGGUUGCUAGCCAUCCAGUUCGAAAACACUGUUCUGGCCCUAAGGGCUUUUAUGUACUUCCAAAGCUUGAUAGGCUGUGACCUGCACUAUUGAACCUCUUAGGGCAGGGAAGCUUUAAACAUUAAAAAAAAUUCUCUUGUAUAAAUAUACAAGUUACUUUUGAAGGAAAACCAGUUUGUUUGUUUGUUUUGCUUUGUGUAGGUUUUGGGGUUUGUUUUGUAAUCUUAAAGUACCUAUAUACAGCAGGGUAGAUAAUAGCUUAUUGAUUAUAUUUUGUUUUAGUAAAAGUAUUUAAUUUUUAAAUUAUGUGUAAUUUAUCUAAUUUGUAUUUAUUCAUUUGUUUUCUUGAGUAUACUGUAAUUAACAAUCUCAUUCACCUAAUUUAGCCUAGAAAAGAUUAAGCUCUUGAAAACAAAAAGUGAUUAAGCCUUGACAGGUUUCUGUUUGCCAAAAAUAAUGUUUUCUACCAGAUGCAAAUGAGAAUGUUAGACCAAGUUUCUCCUGUGUUUAUGGAAGACAAACAUGUCUCUCUUUAAAUAGUUUUCAGUCAGAAGUUUGCAGUGUUACAUCAUAUUGUUUGGUAGAAUUUUUUUAAAAAUCUUGUUAAAUAUCUUUAAGUCUGACUUCUUAAUAUCAAAAUAAAAGCAAUCCUUGUUGGGAAAGAAGGUGGGGUUGAAGGUAAGAUGUUUUAAGUUUAAAUCUUUGAAAGGUUGCCACCUAGUGGCACCAAAGGGUGCUUUUUUAAUGAUUAUUUUUAUAGAGAUAAGCAGUAUAGUCCUGCUGUGUUAGUCUGCUGUGCAUUAUAGAUA